UUUUCGGAACCGCGCGUGCUCCGAUCUCGAGCCGCUUUGGCAUUCCGUAAUGGUGGACGUUCGAUUGGUAAACACGAGGAUAAAUUUCGUCGAUACAACUCCGGUUAUCAUAUUUGUCACCACAAUAGAAUUCCUUAAAUCUGUCCUAAGCUUCUUAACGAUCUCGUUACAUUAUUUAAAAGUUCGUAAAGAUACUAGCUUAACCUCGAAUUCGUAGUUUCGAUCAACGAUGUAACCAGGCCAAUUGACGGCAUUUCGAUGUGUCAUUUACAAGGUGCUCUCUCUAUCGUAGAGAUCAUUAUAUCAAAAUACGAAGGAUCGAAGACACGUUUGACAUUAAACGUAAAUCAUCGUUUAAACCGUUUAACCUUGGUCCAUCCUCCUCGAUGGAGUUGAAUAAACUUAUGAGUUCGUUCGAGGAAUUCGAUGACUCUUAGUAGUAAAUUACUUUCAUUCUGCAUCCUUUGAGACAGGAUGGCUGAAAAGUCGAGGAAAAUCGUUACGAGGUUUCAUCCGACACACGGAGAGAACAUCGUACUUCGCGAGGACAGCACGGUAGCUUAUCGCACUGCGAGCUUCGCGAACUCUUUAGCGUUCAGCGAGAAACCAUUACAACCAGGUGAGAUUUUCUUAGUAGAAAUCGAGAAGACUGAAAGUGGUUGGAGCGGUCACAUGCGUCUUGGAUUGACUUUGAUUGACCCAGCUUCCGUUAAGAACAGUCUGCCCCAAUAUGCCAUGCCCAAUCUGGUCAAACUCGGUAAUACCUGGAUCUUCGCUAUCACCAAAAGUUAUACUAUUUGGGAUAGCUUCGAAGGUAUCGCAGGCACUGGCUAUGGCGAAGGUAUCCCCACAAGGGAGAAGAAGCUGGUCACAGAUGGAGUAAACGUUCAAACAUCUCGGGGUGUUAUACCGUUUAAUGCUCUUAGACCAAACACUAUUGGAUCCUCCCAUUAUUUUUUGCCUACCGACGCUGGCAGUCGUAUUGGAAUUAUGUAUGUGCCGCAAGCUGGAUCUGAUACAGCAGAGAUGCAUUUUAUUAUAAAUGGAGAAGAUCAAGGAGUAUGUAGCAAGGACAUACCUUACAAGGCUGGACCAUUACGUGCUGUGGUAGAUGUUUAUGGUACUACGAAACAAGUGAGGAUAGUGCAACUGUACGGUGUGUCAACAUUACAAAGCGCCUGUAGAGAUGCUAUUUUGCAAUAUACCAAAAGGAACGCGGUGGACUCUCUUCCACUUCCUCGGAUAUUAAAGGAUUAUUUACUUUAUCAAUCACAGUGAGAAAUAUUACAUUCCAUUUUAUUGUUUUAUUUUUUUCUCUUCUCAUUCAUAUAUCAAUUGCCAUUUUGUUUUUGUUUUUUUAUCACUUAAGAAUUUGUUUUUUGCAUUUAUUUUUACAUUAUCCAUUUAGCAACUGAUAUCAUACAUAAGUUACUGAUACAUAAGUAAUGAAGAAAUUUGUACAUGUUUCCAUUAUUCUUUAGGAAAAGAAUGUUUCCAUUACAUCACAUUGAUAUUUGUAUAUGAGAAUGCAUUCAAUAACAUUCACAUUUAGCAAGUAAGUUAUCUCCUUCCAAUAAUAUUAUUGCUCAAUUUGCGAGUGUAAAUAGUGUAAGAAAAAUCAUUGUUAAAAAGAAAAACGUCAUUUAACAAAAAAUUAAAUCAAACGAGGGCAAUUUCUUGCUAUAGGCCUUCUCAUUCUAUUUGAAAAUUAUAAUUAUACAUAAUAAUAAAGUUUAUUAUUUAAUAUGAUCUUAAAUUAAAAAAUUGUUCUAUAAUAAGAUAUGCCCAAUGAUACUCAAUAUGCAAGAUUUAAUAUUUCUUAUUGACUUCAUGAUUUGUUAUAUUCAUGAAAUAAAAUACAUAAGUAUAUCGACGAGCAUUUUUUGUAGCGAUCAUUGUAUGACUAUCGUGAGAAUGAAUGCAUGAAUUUUAAAAUUAUUCAGAUCUGACAUGUUUUCCAAAAUAAAUGUAUUUAUAACUAAA